UUCCCAAACCACCGCGAUUCAUCUUCGUUUUUGUGUCAGUGCUAUGUGGUUUUUUUUUUAUGGAUAUGGGUAUCAUGGGACAUCAUUUGAGCAGACAUAUCGAUGUUUCCCUGCAUCCUUUAUUGAGAAGAAUGAUGCUACUGAGCGGAUGUCUCAUUGUGGGGUUCUUGAGUUCAUUGUAGAAGAAGGCAUGAUCUAUAUGCCUUAUUGGAUGAUAGAGAACAUGCUCUUACAAGAGGGGGACAUUGUUCGUGUAAAAAAUAUGACUCUUCCGAAGGGAACCUAUGUCAAGUUGCAACCUCACACAAAGGACUUUUUGGAUAUAUCUAACCCAAAAGCUAUAUGGAGGGCAAUCUUGCUGAAGAGCUUUACUCAGAAAGUCUGAAGCUGUCCAAGACAGACUUAGUUUCUUCUUUAACUUCCGUU